AUGGGCAUCUUGUGCGCCGGUUCCAACCACCGCGCAUUUGAUAGAUUGGCAUCAAUCGGCAUUGCGCCCAUCGAGAGCGUCGGCAGCGUCAGCAAUGUCCGUGAGAUUCUGGAAAUCACGUUCUGGAGCAAGAAGCCAAACCAUUACACUGGUUUCAUCCAGUGGAGGAUGACAGUCACCAACGCAAAAUCGAUCCUAAUAGCAAGGGCACAUGAGGUUGAUGCUAUCGACGUGAGCGGGGUCAAGACGGGCGAAGCGGUCUCGCGGACUGUCCUAUUGGUGCAGUGCGAGAGAUUCGUAUAUCAGCAGUGUCUCAGCUUACUUCCUCCCACUCUGACAACAUCCCACUUUACGCGACCUCACCACCGUGGGAACAUGGACCCAGUCCUCAUCGUCGGCGCUGGUAUAGUCGGCCUGACUCUCGGACAGGCCCUCAAACAGAAAAACAUCCCAUUUGUAAUCUACGAGCGAGACCCCCACCCCGACAGUCGUGGCCAAGGAUGGGCUAUAACUCUGCACUGGGCAUUGCAAUACAUUGAGGCCCUCGUUCCCUCUGAGACCCUGCAACGCAUCCAAGACGCCCAGGUAGACCCUGAAGUUGCUCGGAACGACAAUGGCAAUUUCCUCUUCAUCAAUCUGGCGACCGGCGAGCCGAAAUUCAAAAUCCCACCUUCGAAAAGGUGGCGCGUGAAUCGGGAGAAAAUGCGCAGAGCAUUACUGGCCGGGAUUGAAGAGCAUGUGCAUUUCGACAAACGGGUGGACGGAGUGACGUUUACAGAGGACGGGCGGCCGCAGCUCUUAUUCUGUAACGGUGACGUAGAGGAGCAUGUCGCCGGAAAGCUGGUAGUGGGCAUGGAAGGCAGCCGGUCGACGGUGCGGCGCUUCCUUCGACCCGAUGCCUACCGUAACGUCCAGCUUCCGGUACGAUUUAUUGGGGUCGCAGUUGAUCUGACUGAUGAUGAGGUUGCUCCGCUGCGAAAUAUGGAUCCCUUGCUCUUCCAAGGCUGCCAUCCUGAAACGGGGGUCUACCUCUGGUUCUCAAUCUUGGAGUCACCAGCGAACAAUGUCAACGGACUCUGGCGCGUACAGAUCAACCUCUCCUGGCCUGUGAAGACAGCAGACGACGAAGUGCCCAAAACUGACAAAGAGAGGCUCGCGCUUAUGAAGAAGCGAGCGGCUGGGUUUGUGCCGUUCCUGUACGAAACCGUCCAGCGCAUUCCCGAUGGGACGCCGGUCGUUGAGGUCAGCCUCGCCGACUGGGAGUGUCUGCCGUGGGAUAACAGAGAUGGCAAAGUUACCUUGGCCAGCGACGCCGCACACGCCAUGGUCAUGUACCGCGGCGAAGCAGCAAACCACGGCCUUCUCGACAUCUUUCACCUAAUCGAAGCCAUCGCGACUAUCUAUGCUGGGGGAGACCAAAAGGUCGCCAUCGAUGAGUACGAACGUGAGAUGCGCGAGCGCACGGCGCCUGCUGUUCGGUUGAGUCGCCAGGCUUGUCUAGAAGCUCAUGUUUGGGACCAGUUGAACGAGGGUAAUGAAAACAAGCCGCAGCAAGCCACAGAAAACUAUAACAACCGCAACGGGCAUGGCACUGCUCAUGAGUCUGCAUGUUACCAGCCCAACUAG